AUGCAUUUUCAAAAACAGGAGAAGAAAUACUCCGAACAUUGUUGUGUUCCGCUUUGUUCGGCAUCAUCGAAAUGUAAUGGUAUUUUGAGUUUCCAUGGCUUUCCAAACCAUCCCGACCUGAGAAGACAGUGGCCGGUGAACAUACGUCGGGAUAGUUUCACCAUCUCCUCUCACACAAAGGUCUGCAGCAGACACUUUGCCGCCGAUCAACUCAUAGAGCCAACGACCCUUGAUGGUCGGAGAAGGCUUGAGCUUUUUCAAUGGAAUGGCUAUACCGUUGAAAAACCACGGCGUAAUGUGUGGCAGAGAACAGAGCGGCCCAUUGAACGAGUCCCUCCUGAGGAGCAAGAACAGCACACCGAUGGCACUAAGGAUAACGACUUAGUCCCUGAACCGUCUGCACUUGACAUGUCUGCAUCAGCUCCAAGAGACCUGUCCAAAGAAGUAGAGGAUCUGAGAAAGGAAAUACAGGCGUUACGUGUCCAGCGAGAGUUUGGCUUACAGCGGUUUGCUGGCUCCGACGCGGACAUCCGAUCAGUGUUGCCACAGUUACUUCGAAAAGCCAAAUGGAUCGAAAAACUCAGCCCAAAAUCGCCGGCUUCUUCAUGCGACGUAGCCGGCCGACAGCCGGCCGACUUCCGGCCCCCCCCCGGAGAUGAGUACGUCCCCCCCCCUCACCACCUUGACUAA